AUUGAUGGUUUCUGUUCAACAGGUUCUGCAGUAAAAUCCCACAGGCCAUUUCCUACCGCCAGACUUCUGCUGCAACUACUUAUUAACCGACACUCAUUUCCUGCAUAGAUGAACUUCAUGGAACUCGAAUGUUCUAAAGAAGUCAUCCUGAUGAUCACGUACAGUUAUGCUCUUUAUUCCUCCCUCAGUCCAGGCAUGCAGGUAUACCUCGAGGGUCUUACAGCUCUGCACAGCGCCGUCACGCAAGCGGAUGGAUAUCGCGCAGCUGGCCUCCACGUCCGUCGCGAACCUGUCGAAAGCGUACAUCCUGUCGUUCGUGUCCACCCAGCAACUGGCUGGAAGAGCGUUCAUGUCAACCCUGGCUUUACUCUUCGCAUACUCGGCGUCCCCAAGCCCGAAUCCGACACCAUUCUCAAUUUCUUGUUCCACCAGAUCGCCGAUAAUGUUGACUUCCACGUGCGUUUCCAAUGGGAGCCGAAUUCAGUCGCGUUCUGGGAUGACAGGAUUGUGACUCACACCGCAACUUUCGAUUUCUGGCCUCACUCGCCCUGCGCUCAGAGUUACGCCUCGUGGCGAGAAACCCGAGUCUGUUGAAGACUACGAGAGCCGGACAGGCAAAGUGGCAAAAGAUCGCCAGAUUGAGAUCUGGAAGGAGUAGGGAAUCGAGAUUCCACAAUCGAAGAAGGGUCUGUCUCGGGCACGCGGAUAUAAUGACUGAGAUUUUAGUCUAUGCUUUGAUUUGCAGAGUAUGACGGAAGUUCAAGCCACUGUGGCUACUGGACAGUGCGGAUGAUCAGUAGCGCAGCAAAAGCGUUUGAUCCAGACAACCCUGACAUAGAAACGUCGAGGCUCUGACUGAUAGCAGAUUUUCUGUAGUACCACUUGUGAGUACUUCAACAUACCCUUCGCAACCAGUCUUUAUUUAGGUUUGAGCACACCAUCUGCUGCUACGAAAGUCUGC